AGAAGAUGGUGUCAAUGGAUGACGAGCACACUGCCAGAGAGUUGUUGACAGCACGUAAUCCUAGUAAAAUAACGCCGAUCGUGAAGUGCGAGAAACGCUUGUUGGCUGAAAAAGACGUGGAGAAAACAACAAGGGAAGCCGAGGAAACGGCUACAGGAGCAACAACAAAGCUUAAAGUGUACAAGAGACGUUGGUUCCAAUUAGGACUAUUCUUCUUCUACGCCUUAUCGAACGACCCGCAUUGGACGCAGUUUGCAUGCAUCGGCAACACCAUAUCCCGGUACUACGGGGUCUCCUCAGCAACAGUUUCCUGGACCUCGUCGAUCCUUCAGGUGAUCUACAUCAUCAUCAUCAUGCCAGUUUGCUGUGCGAUGGAUCGCGUUGGUCUACGAUGGGCCUGUCUGAUCGGUUCAAUCGGGAUUUCGACCGGCUCUUGGAUCAUAUUUUGGUCUCUGUCACCGGACCGGUUCGCUAUGGCUAUCCUUGGUCAGUUCGUCAUCACCUUUUCACAAGCCUUCAGCCUAACUGGGCCGGUUAAAUUGGUUGCUCUUUGGUUCGGUCCAAAUCAAGUAGCCACUGCAACGUCAGUUGCAUUCUUCGGCGGGCCAUUGGGUAUUGGUCUUUCCUUUUUCGUCACACGAAUGAUCCUGAGGAACCACGACGACGUCGAAGACAUUGGCAGGGACUUGUCGCCUCUCUUCUUGGGCGCAGCAGCCUUUUCCACUGUGGUCACAAUUGCUCUGUUUCUUUUUUUUCAGGACGAACCACACCUACCGCCAAGCAGAGCUACUGCUCUUCAAAUAAUUCACGGCAAAGUCGAUGAUACAAGAUUCUGGUCAACGGUGCGAAGAGUCAUAACCAACAAAAGUUUCUUCGCUAUUUGGAACACCUAUGGCAUGGGUUACGGGUUGUUUAGCACCAUGUGUUACAUGCUAAACCCGUAUUUUCUGGCUCAUUUUGAGAACGGGGAAGAAGACGUUGGAAGGCUUGGGAUUCUGAUUGUAAUCGCGGGAUACUUUUGUUCUCUCGCCUUUGGGAUAAUCUUGGACAAGACGAAGAAGUUCAAAGAACUCGGUGUCUUAAUCUACAUCUUUCUUCUUGUUGGAGAAAUCCUGUUUGCUGUUGGACUGAAAAUGGAAAUCAGAUGGCUGAUGUUAACAGGUUUUAUAAUUUUCGGUUUGUUUGCGGCCAGUUAUGGGAGUCUAGGUUUCGAAUUGGUUGGCGAAGUUACUUAUCCUGAAUUGGAAGACGCGUAUGCGGGGCUUUUAAUUUUUGGGAAUCAGCUUUACGGUGGGAUAUUUUCAGUGAUAAUUCAAAGAUUGUUGCAAAACAACGGAGACAUAGCGGUACAUGGAUUUGCCAUCGCCAUUCUAUCGUUGGGCUUGGUAACGUCUGGACUUACUGACAUCGAGCUCAAGCGUCAAAAUGUUGAAAAACAGCCCAACGAAAGGUGUAAUGUAGAUACUCCGUUGAAACCAGUCAAGUCCUGAUACAUCCGGAGACAAAAAGUAAUUUACGGUACUAUGAUAAUGUUAUA